AUGACUCUCCGAUGAUGAGAAGAAGAUAACAUCGCCAUCAUCCUACACGGUUAGAGAGGGUUGGUCCGAGGCAGCACGUUUUCGCAUAACACACUCCGAAGCAGACCCGCCCCAUACAGACUCAGAGUCCCUCUCCUUCGACCAGCGAACGACCCACUGCGCUUCCAACGGUCGUCUCGGGAAGCGCAGCGCCGGUGGACUUUGUAGGCCUGAUUGCACGCGCCGGGAAACAGGCACCCCUACCCACCCACCAUGGCGACUAAGCGCAAGCGCUCCAGCGUGGAUGCGACAGCAGCCUCACAGCUGGCAUCGGGGCAGCCGCCGUUCAAGCAAGCACACUUUGCCACUGCUCCUAGUCCGUCAUCCACAGCCGCAUUCACUCAGACGGGAACAUCGAAUGACGCCGCGUCGUCUCGUCUAGCGCAGGCGCAAGACCCAGCGGUCUUGGAGGCACGCGACAAUCUGCGCGGCUGGAUCCGCCAAGCUCGGCAGCUGCAGGAUCAGAUCAAGGACACAGACACUCACACGAUCGCUGCCGCCAAAGUGCAGCACCAGGAUGGACGGCUCGCAAAAAGAACUUUGCAGCAUUCACUUCGUCGGAAGCAUCUUAUUGACUGGUCCGCGCAAGAUCUCAUCGCGUUUGCCGAUUGGGCCAGUCCGCCCAAAGUGACUGUCAAGGGCAGCAGUGCAGCCGGCCACCUUGGUCUGCUGAACCAGCCACGACCCGUUGGCGCUUGUGUUUCCCUUUGCGUUUACCUGCCUGAAAAAACAAGCCCAUCGGCCAAGGCGACAGAUCAGCAAGACGGUACAGGGACAGACGCGAAAAUCGACGGAGAGUGCCAGCAAAAAGGCCCAGCGCCUACACAUAGACACCCUCGCUACGCUCAUCGCCUCUUCCCACCUUGCCUCACAUCUAGACAGCAUCAGCCACAACAGCAUGAUCAGCAGCAGCAACAGCAACAGCAACAGCAGCAACAACAGCAACUGCUGCUAUGCCCACAGCCCCAACAACAACCAUUGAAUGACGACCCAGGCUCACAACUUUUCCACCCUGCUCAUCUCGGCAAGCCAAAGUUGGUCAGCUUUAGUCCAUCCGGAACGACGCUGGUCGCCUACUUUCCACCCGCACACGGCAGCUCGACUGCGGACGACUCCGCCGAGCCGGUAUGGGGGCUCGGGCGACUCUGCAUCUGGACACAGGCUCCAACACGAGCACUAAACGACUGGAAACUGGGCCAGCAGUUCAUCUGCAACGUCGGAGCUCUCAGCCGCCGGCGAGCAACGGCGCAGUAGAACAGUAGCGCGUGGCCCCCAGUUCCCAUCUCGGCAGGUGACCGUCCCCCCGUCGUCCCACUCGGCCUCUUCCUCCAUUUUCCUUUCAUCUGCGCACGCGCCGCGAGCAGCGGCUACUACUACAAGCGAGGAACAAGCAUUUAUCCUCAUCGGAAGUAGUGGUCGCGCC